ACCUAACCUGCUUGACAUUCUCCAGGCAAAUCUCCAUCGAUAGACGGUAUGGCAAUACUAAGGAGGUUGAUCCUGACCUUGCUGGUCACGUGGGGAGUCGAGGGACAACAUGAUCCGUUAAAGGACUUUUGCAGACGAUUUUCACAUCAAACGGCUGUUGUUGAUCGAAGAUUAUAUAUCGAUGGCGGAUUCAUCAACUAUAACCCCCUGGCACAGAACCCAGUUAACGAAUCAAAUACAAAUAUCCUCUACGCCGCCCUCGAUAUCGACAACCUCGGCAUGCCCCAAGAAUACAACAACCUAAGCAAACCCAGCACCGCGCCCUCCGUCAACGGCGGCAUUCUCUGGCCCGACACCAUCAACAAACUCCUAUACCUCUACGGCGGGGAAUUCUCCAACAAUACCAGUCCCCCCGCCUACUCCUCCUGGGUCUACGACAUUAUCUACAACACCUGGAACCAGACCGUCGCUGACCCUACACAGUCCUCCAUCCAACGAGCCAGCUACGGCGCGGGCGUCACCCUCCAAGACCGCGCAGUGGGGUAUUACUACGGUGGAUGGUUAUCGAAUACCUCGGUUCCGGGCUGGGGGAAGGCAGCCCCAUUAGUCCUGUCGAGUUUCCUACAGUAUGAUAUGUUGCAGAAUACGUGGACGAAUUCAUCGGGGCCGGACUCAGUGGGCAGGGCUGAGGGCGUCAUGGUGUAUAUUCCGGCUAGUGAUCGGGGGAUGUUGGUAUAUUUUGGGGGGGUGCAGACCUCUACCUCGGCCUCUACAAAUGCAACUGGGAGUGGAAGUGGGGGUGUGAUUGCCCAAGGCUUAGAGGAUAUAUUAUUAUACGACAUCGCCAACAGCAAAUGGUACAGCCAAAAAGCCACAGGCCAGAUCCCGGGGGACAGACGACGCUUCUGUGGCGGAGCGACCUGGGCUCAAGAUAAAUCGUCAUAUAAUAUAUAUAUUUACGGGGGAUUGAGUGUUCCGACUGGAGUGGGAUAUGAUGAUAUUUACAUCCUAAGUAUUCCGUCGUUUACGUGGAUUAAAUGGUACCCAACAACCUCAGAAGCAGGAUUCCCUCACCACUCCUUAUCAUGUAACGUUAUAGAUGGCGCUCAGAUGAUAGUAAUGGGCGGCACCUUCCCGAACAGUACAGCCUGCGACGUCCCCCAAAACUACGGCAUGCACAACAUGGACCUGGGGAAACAAAACUCGGAACAGAAGAAAUGGAUCCGAUUCAGACCGAACGUUACGACGUAUGUGGUGCCGAGUGAGGUUAUUUCUGUUGUGGGGGGAGGGUCAACCGGCGGCGCAACCCUCACAACCCCAACCUCCGGAUUCGACAACCCCGAUCUCCAAACCUACUUUCAACGAGUCUAUACCCCUUCUUCUCGCUCACCGACCCGAGCCAUUCCCACACAGACCGGAUCAAGUAAUUCCACGACCUCCGAACACCAAUCUACACAUGUUGGCGCUAUAGUAGGUGGUGUGGUUGGCGGUGUAGUCGGGGCUGCUGCCAUCGCUGGGAUACUAUACUGGUGUUUGCGUCGCCAGAAAAACACCUCCGGCGAAAGGGAUCCACCGGGGGAAAUCCACCACGAAGAUAUAAAGUUAUCUGAUGAGGUGGAGGCGGGACAGAAUCGCUGGACGGGGGGGAGUAUGGCGACGGAGUUGCCGGAUGAGGGGAGUGUUUCUGGACAUGGGAACGGGCAGAGGGGGAGUAAUCGGUGGACGGGACAGAGUUUGGGGAGUUCGGAGUUGGCGGAUGAGAGGAGUGGGUUGGUGGGGGGAAGGCAGAGGGGGGAUGUUGCGGAGUUGCCUUGAUAUAUACUAAUGGGGUAUGUGGUGGGUGGAUUAGGGUAAUGAGAUAUGUUAUUUGGUUAUGGAUUUAUGUUGGGGGUGGGUGAUGGUUGGUUGGUUGGAUUGUAUUAUGAGAUUGAUUUAUUCUAGUUAAUUAUUAUUGGGAUGAUUUAGGCUUGGGUAUAUUUAUAGAAAAGG